AUGGAGAGCCUGUUGGAUAAUCCGAUGAAAGCCGUUCUCUAUCUGAAGGAACUCACCACCAUCGUGCAGAACCAGCAGAGCUUAAUCCAGACGCAGCGCCAGCGCAUCGACGAGCUCGAGCGGAAGGUGGAGGACCUGAUCGGGGAGAACCGGCAGCUGCGGGACCCCCAUCAGUACGUCCACCACCCCCCUCACCCCCAUCACCACCCGACCCACCGCGGCGCCGGUCCCCAGCCGCCCGUGCACCUCCACCAGCACCCGGGGAGCAACAAAGCCGCGGCACACGCGAGCCAGCCGCGGCCGCCACCGCAGCAGCAGCAGCAGCAUCAGCAGCAGCAUCAGCAGCAGCAGCAUCAGCAGCAGCAGCAACAGCAGAUCUCCGGUCUGUCGACCCACCACCCUCAGCAUCAGCAUCAGCACCCAACUCCGCCGCCUGCACAGUCCUCCCAUCAUCCGCAGCAGCUGCAGCUGGUUCCCACCUCUCCGCAGUCUCCCAAAACCGGCCAGCCCAGCCCCGACGCCGCCGAGGAGGGCAAGAGAAGCCCCUGCUGCAAGUCCCUGGUUCCGCAGACCCCCGCCACCCUCUGCCGCUCCGUUGGACUUGCCAGGAAAGCCGACAACCAAACCGUACUUCAUCAGUUCUGCUGUCCGGCCCCAGAGGCCCCUGAGGGGGAGACCUCUACUGCCUGUGUCCCCAGCGAUGACCUUCCUCUAGACACGUCUUUGGGGGAGGAAGGGAAGGGAGGAGCGGGGGAGCUGCAGCCCCAGGCUCAAUCUGAUCCCCAGCUGCAGCCACAGACCGAGCCCCAGCCACAACAUCAGCCUCAAUCUGAGCCACAUGCCAAUGCCAACACCAACGCCCAGCCUCAACCGCAGCUCCAGCCAAAGUCGGAGGUGCAGUCGCACCCGCAAGUUGAACUCAAGCCUCAUCCUCAACCCGAACCCCAACCUGCGCCUCAGCCCCAGGUCGAACCUCCAAGCGAGCACACAGCAGAAGAUGCCCCCGUGACCUCUACGCCAAACGGAGGGGAGCAGCAGAAGGAGGAGGAGAUGGAGGAGGAGGAGGAGGAGGGUGGUGAGCAGGAGAAGCAAAAGGCAGAGAAGGAAGGAGGGGAGGGGCAGGAGGAAGAAGAGGAAGGAGGAGGAGCGAAGGCGGGGCGGCGAGCCAGCCUGCACCACACGGCCUCACCUUUGAGGGUGCAACGCAACGGGGCCUGCUCCCACUCUGCCACCUCUGACUAUGAGCUCUCGCUUGACCUCAAAAACAAGCAGAUCGAAAUGUUAGAGCAUAAGUACGGCGGCCACCUCAUAUCCCGCCGUGCCGCCUGCAAAAUCCAGACUGCCUUCCGCCAGUACCAGCUCAGCAAGAACUUUGAGAAGAUUCGCAAUUCUCUGCUGGAGAGUCGGCUGCCCCGACGCAUCUCCCUGCGCAAGGUCCGUGUGCAAAACGCAGAGGGCUUCUCGGCCGAGCGGGCCCUGGCAGAGAGCUGCAGCUUGGCAGGCAUCCCGUUGGUACGUUCACCCUCUCUGCCUGCCACUGUCGGUGGCACCCUCACUGACCUGGAAGACUCCUUUACCGAGCAGGUCCAGUCACUGGCGAAAUCUAUUGACGAUGCACUCAGCAACUGGAGCCUGAAGACCAUGUGCUCAUUGCAGGAGGGCGGGACGUAUCAGUUCAGCGCUGAGUCCUUUACUACAGCUGCGGCAGCGGCGGCUGCUGAGGCAGGAGGUGGAGGAGAAGGGGAUGGAGUUGGGGUGUCGGCGAUUCAUCAAAGCACGGUGGACCCAGGUGAUCUGUCCAGGAGUGCCAGUAAGCUGAUGAUGGCGUUCCGGGAUGUUACGGUGCAGAUUGACAGCCAGAAUUUCCAUGUCUCAUCCUCGGUCAUGGAAUCCUCUACGUCAGUCACCCUUGGGAACUGCGUCCAUCAAGGAGGAGCUUCCCCCGCUGUCACAACUACUUCCACCACGAUGAACUCCACUCCCCCCUCCACACCACCCGAACCCCCACAAGAACCCCUUCUUCCUCCCCCUCCUCCCCCAGCAGAAUUCUUCGAAGAACCCACUGACCUACCACUUCCCCCACAAGAGCCCCCACCCCCCCCGGAAUCACAGAUAGAAGGAGAUGAACAAGAUGCUGACUUCCCGGCUCCCCCUCCGAGUGAAGAAGUGCUGGAGGAAGAGGAGCUGCCCCCUCUAACACCCUUGGACAAAAUGGCUGCUCCACAGGGCCCCGAAGUGGUUAUGGUAUCUACACCGCCAUCCAUGGAAGUCCCUGUGGUUCCUCCUCCACCGGAGGCCAUACCAUUGGUGAGUUCUCCUGUGGCGGCACCCCUUGAGGCCAAGAGGAGUGGUUCAGAGACGGCCGACAACAGUUCCGAACAGAUGAGCAGCAGCAGCACAUCCACAGAAGCACGCUCAGCUUCUGAGGCCUCCUCCAAGGAGGCAUUGCAGGCCAUGAUCCUCAGCCUGCCACGCUACCACUGUGAGAACCCCGCCAGUUGCAAGUCACCCACGCUGUCUACUGAUGUCAUGCGAAAGCGACUUUACCGCAUUGGCCUGAACCUCUUCAAUGUAAAUCCUGACAAGGGUCUUCAAUUCCUGAUCUCGCGGGGCUUCAUUCCAGACACGCCCAUAGGCGUGGCUCACUUCCUGCUGCAGAGGAAAGGCCUGAGCCGACAGAUGAUUGGAGAGUUCCUCGGCAACAGCAAGAAGCCCUUCAACAGAGACGUCCUCGAUUGCGUUGUGGACGAGAUGGACUUCUCGGGCAUGGAGCUGGACGAGGCGCUCAGAAAGUUCCAGGCUCACAUCCGUGUUCAGGGAGAAGCCCAGAAGGUGGAGCGGCUCAUCGAGGCUUUCAGCCAGCGGUAUUGCAUGUGUAACCCAGACGUGGUGCAGCAGUUCCACAACCCAGACACCAUCUUCAUCCUGGCCUUCGCCAUCAUCCUGCUCAACACAGACAUGUACAGCCCCAACAUUAAGCCCGAUCGCAAGAUGAUGCUUGAGGACUUCAUACGCAACCUACGAGGUGUGGACGACGGAGCGGACAUCCCUCGAGACAUGGUGGUGGGGAUCUACGAGCGGAUCCAACAGAGAGAGCUCCGCUCCAACGAGGACCAUGUCACCUACGUCUCUAAGGUGGAGCAGUCCAUUGUAGGCAUGAAGACGGUUCUCUCCGUCCCUCACAGAAGACUGGUGUGCUGUAGUCGACUAUUUGAAGUGACGGAUGUCAACAAGGCCCAAAAGCAGGCAGCGCACCAGAGAGAGGUCUUCCUGUUCAAUGAUCUCAUUGUGAUUUUGAAGCUCUGUCCAAAGAAGAAGAGUUCUGCAGCCUACACCUUUUGCAAAGCCAUGGGCCUACUGGGCAUGCAGUUCCACUUGUUUGAAAAUGAGUACUACUCCCACGGCAUCACCAUCCUCUCCCCCUUCGGCUCCGACAGGAAGCAGGUACUCAACUUCUGUGCCCAAAGUGCAGAGGAGCUGCUCAAGUUUGUAGAGGACCUGAAAGAAUCGAUUGCUGAGGUGUCGGAGAUGGAGCAGAUACGCAUCGAGUGGGAGUUGGAGAAGCAACAGGGAGCCAAGACACACUCAGCAAAGAACAAUGGCACUCAGUUAGAGCUGCGUGGAAAACAAGGUUCUCCGUCAGGAAACCGGGAUGUGGAUGACCGAAGCGGACCAAACGCAGUCGAGGUGUCAAUUCACAACAGGCUUCAGACGUACCAGCUCAGCAGCAGCAACAUGGCUCGGAGCCCCGAGAGUGCGGCACUUCUUAACCACCGGGGGGAGCCACUCUUCCAGCAGGGGCCUCCUCUCCAGGGGCCGGCACCUCCCCCACAGCACCCGCAGCUGCAGUCAGCGGCGAGCACCCCUGCCCACCACCUCCACCUUCAGCAGCACCACCAGCCCGCCGUCAGUAUGGCUGAUCUGCGGCCCGAGACGCUUAUCCAGUGUCAGCAGAUCGUCAAGGUCAUCGUGCUGGAUAACAGCGGCCAUGGCCAUGUGGAGGCCUUCCUCAGCCAAACCCCCACGCACCACCAUCACCACUACCAGCAUCACACCCACAGCCACCACCAGCUCAGCCAGUCGGCCAUGUCCACCCCGGUCCGCACGCCGGACGGCUCCCAUGGCAAAGAUGGCCACCAGCCCCCGCUACCCCCGCCGCCCCCGCCUUAUAACCACCCUCACCAGUACAUUCCCCCUGAUCCCCGCCUUGGCCUACAGCGGACCCCCAGCGGCUCUCGAAGCAUGGUGUAA